ACCCGCCCCCUUGCUGAGAGCCCUGGCUCCCGCCUUCCCAGCCCCCGGGGUCCCAGUGCUGAGGGCCAGGCCCUCCAGCUUCCCUGCCCCAUGAGGCGGGGCCCUGGGGUCAUCUGAGACCCCCUCCCCGCCUCCCUCCAUGCCUGGGGGAGGGGGGAGAUGGGGCCUCACAGCUGGGAGAAGGGACUUGGCUGUCAACUCCUCCACAAACCACUCACUUGCUGCACUGAGGAGGCGGGGUGUGCAGCGCCCCUCCCCUAGCCACAGAGGGCCCCUCACCUGUGCCUUAGCAUCCACUCCCAGGCCCGCCCUAGGGCAGGGCAGGGCAGGGGGCCCGGUGGUCCGGGCAGUAUUACUCCCUAGAACUUUGCACCUGCUCCUCCCUCCGCAUUUUUCACUGAAGAAUGCUGAAGAAUGUGUGAAGAAUUAUUUAUUUUCGCUGAAGCAGAUGUAAUAAAGGCCACAGCUCAGCCCCUGCGUCCUCCUUGUAUGUGACCCCCUCUAGCUGACCAAUGUCGGUACAGCUUCCAUCCCGGCUUCCAAGGGUCCCUUCUGCUGAGGCCAGCAUUCCGGCCUGGGGCUGCCCCCAAAGGCACCUGUGGGCCCCCUGGGCUGCAGCCCACUUCUCACAUACAUUUGCCCCCCCUUUGCCCUGAGGCCUGCUGGCUGACCCGUGGGCGCAGCUUCCCAAGGGCCAGUGGAAAUAUUUGAGACCAAGAUCCUCGCUGAAUAAAAAACAAAGACGUGUUUACAAAAGGUGGUGUCUGCACCUCCACUCUGCGGUGACAUGGGGCGGGGGCGCGGAGGGUGAGGUUCCCCAGGAGCAGGCCUGCUCCCCGCAGGGCUUUGUGUGCGGGGCUGGGCCUGCCUUGUCGUCGAAGCCUUACUGCUUCCCUGAACCCCUGAACCCCUCCUCAUCCUCAGGGGCCCAGGCUCCUGCCAAUACACAGGAGGGGCCUGGAAUAGGGUGAGGUCUGAGCUGGAGUGGCUGGACCUCGUUCCGGGAGAGACAUGGUUUCCUGAAAGUCCCCUCGGCUCUGCUCUGGGCAGUGGGGGAUCUCCGCCGGUCCUCCCUGGUGACCAGGGGUCGAGGGUGGGGGGACAGCCUGGUGUUUGGCUAACGUUCCAGAGCCCUGAGUCCUGCGGUUCAGCCCCACCUGCUUCCCGGUCAGACAUGGAUGGGCUGUGUGGGCGGCUGCGGCUGGGUGGCGAUGGCAGCCCCCAGCCAACAAUAACGGUCGGUGGUGGGGCUGCAGGACUGGGCGAGCCGGCUGGGCAGGUCCCCGGCGCUCCCGUGUGCCAGGGGCCGCCCCCCUCUGUCUCAAGGUCCCGUCCUAUCGGCCCAACCUGUUCUAGUUCAGCAGGAUCCCGGGGCCCUGGAGAAGCAGAGGCCGCCAGCCCCCAGGCCAGGCCCUCCAGCACCCGACGGCCAAGACCCCACUUCCAUGGCCAGCCCUGGGGAGGCCCAGGAGGAGGAGGGGGAGCAGGAGGGAGGCUCUGCGGGGCCCUGGGCCGCCAUGCUGGCACAGGCCCAGGAGCUGUUCCUGCUGUGUGACAAGGAGGCCAAGGGCUUCAUCACCCGGCACGACCUGCAGGGCCUGCAGAACGACCUGCUCCUCACGCCCGAGCAGCUCGAGGCCGUGUUCGAAAGCCUGGACCAGGCCCGCACCGGGUUCCUCACUGCCCGGGAGUUCUGCCUCGGCCUGGGGAAGUUUGUGGGGGCAGAGUCGGUCCAGGGCACACAGCCCUCCGGGGCUUCUGAGGAAACCUUUGAGUCGGGCGGGUCCGAGAGGCCAGGCACGGGGGGCUCCCUGGAGGAGGAGGAGGAAGAGGAGGAGAGGUUCCUCUCGGCGCUGGAGCAGCUGGGGGUGGCCCGGGUCCUGAGCGAUCGCCGCCAGGGUCUGCGUGGGUCCGGGUCCCCUAGGGGGGUCGUGGGGCGCCGCAGGCAUCUCCCUCCACCCAGGCCACCGCCUCCCGCCCGCAGGGACGUGGUUGCUGUCUCGAGGAACAUGCAGAAGGAGAGGCUCAGUCUCGUGCGGCAGCUGGCGCUCCUCAGGGAGCUGAACACGCGGCUACGAGACGAGAGGGACGCCUGUGAGACCAAGCAGCUGGGCAGUGGCCCCAGGAAGGCUCUGGCCGCGGCCUGCCUGCCGGGGCCCACCUGCUGCUGUUGCUGCUGCUGCAGCAGCUGGGCUCGACCCUCCAGAUGUGGCUCAGGCCACCUUCCCAGUGCCCGGUGACCAGCCAGCCCUGGUGACUCACGGGGCGUGCCCUGAAGAAACUGCCCUUUGAAAGUGACUCAUCGUGGCUGGGGCUGCUGGUCCAGGACCUGGGCUCUACCCAGUGGGCUGCCUGGCCUGCCUGCCUGUGGACAUGAAGGAACUAACGGGGAGGGGGGUGUCAGGAUCCCCUGUGCCCCCCUCCGGUCCUCAUCCUGUCCCCACCCCCCAUCAAACCCAUCUCUGUCCAGCACUCCAAAUAAACUCGACCAACCA